AGCAGCACGCCCCGCCAGCUCUUGCCCUUGCCCAGCGGAUGAUGAACGCCUUUGGCCAAGCGCCUGCUGCCAGUGCUCAGCCUGCUCCUCUCCAACAGGCCAGCGCGCAGGAAAUCCUCGACAUGGCUGUGUACUGCGACAACUUCAGCGUGUACCCCCAGAACCUUCAUCAUCACCGCCUCCACCAUCACCCUCAGCGGCCGUCUGCCCACCCCCCGAGCUACGGCCUGAGCGAUUACACUUCCCCCAGCACCAACCCCUAUCUCUGGCUCAAUGGACCGCCGAUUAACUCCGCGCCUUACCUCGCCGGGAGCAGUGGAGCACCUUACAUCCCGCCGGGCUACGGGACGAGUCAGCGGCAGUUCCUGGCGCCUUCCUCGGGUUUUGGAGGCACCGAGCUCAGCUGGCUGUCCCUUCCCAGCCAGCAGGAACUUUUUAAGAUGGUUCGUCCUCCUUACUCUUACUCAGCGCUGAUCGCCAUGGCGAUCCAGAACGCCUCGGACAAGAAGCUGACCCUCAGUCAGAUCUACCAGUACGUGGCUGAGAACUUCCCCUUUUACAAGAAGAGUAAAGCGGGCUGGCAGAACUCCAUCCGACACAACCUAUCCCUUAACGACUGCUUCAAGAAAGUUCCCAGAGACGAGGACGACCCAGGUAAAGGUAACUACUGGACCCUAGAUCCCAAUUGUGAGAAAAUGUUUGACAAUGGGAAUUUCAGAAGGAAAAGAAAGCGUCGAUCAGACACUACAGGACCCAGUAGCCAUGGACUGGGUGACAAAGCUGACGACGCAAGUAUGAAACAUUCAGAUAAAGCCAGUGUCCUGGGUUCGGCCUCUCCUGGGAAUUCUCCUGGGACUGCGAAUGAUUCCAAACCCUCGGUUUCACCAACCAUGCAAUCCAAUCCCUGUUUCAGCAACUUCGCGUCUAACAUGAGUUCCAUGAUCAACGGCAGCACCGGGGUGAACAGACAGAUUUCCUCUGGGGGCUUGGUGGGGGAUUUAUCACAAGCUAGACAAAACGUCCCCGGACUGAAUUCAUACUCACCAUCACACAACUCAAUGCACAACACAGUCGACAUCCACAAUCGAUUGAACUAUUAUCAGUCUCCUGCUUCCGGUCAACAAAGUGGACUGAGCGGCCCCUUGUGUAACCAUUUCAGUGUCAAUAAUCUGAUUUACGGCAGAGAAGGCACAGAGGUUUAACCACGAAGAGUGUACGUGUAAUGAGUACAAAAUUUAGAAACAAAGAACAUGCCUUUUUUCUUUACAAUAGCAAUGUGAGUAAUAUUUCUAGCGCAGUUUGAUAGAAUUGAUUUGUUCUCGUGACAAAAUGCGCUUAUUAUGAAUUACAUGGACACAUAUAAUUGUGUUUACUUCCAGCUAGCAUUUUGACACAAACCAUUUGUUUACAUAAAGAAUAUUAUGCAAAAAAAGGAACUAAAGUUUGGAUAGGCAAACGCACCGUAGAUUGAAAUGCGUAGGUGGGGAUUUAUGCACUGAGUAACCAAGAAGUAAAUUAAUGUUGUAGACAAGUGUGGUACAUAUCCGCUUAUCAGAGUUUUGGACUGUAAGGUUGUCGAACACUGCUGUAUACAGAGAAGUAAAUAGUUUUUGUAAAGUUGAAAUAUGAAAGUUUCUGCAUUUGUAUUUUAGGGUGUAGCUGUCACAAUGGGAUUCACUGGACCUCUUGUGUACAUUGGGCAGUCUUUAUUUUUUGUUUUGCAAUUAGCCCUUUCUUAACAGCCAGAUCACAUGCUGUUUCUGUACUUAAA